AUGAGCAUUCCUAAUAGCGUCCAGCAACUAUUCUCUGGUGGGAACACCCAGAGCCAAGAGAAACAAACAUACAAAGAAUGGCUCCAAGAAGCAUACAACAAUGGAUACGAGAGAUGGAUGCCCUGGAUCGAAGACCAGUAUCUGAAGUGGUUUGGAAAGGGUGAUAACAAAGUGUCCUAUGCGACUAAAGACUCACUCUCCAAGACAAAGGUCACUGGUGUUAACCAAGUCGAUCAACUCCAAGACGACACGAACAAUCUCCUCGGGAAUCAACUUGGCGAUAAAGGACUACUCAAGCCUGUUGGUCAAUUUGUCUCCAAGGAAGGAGUUAAUCGCGCUGAGAGGAAUGGCAAAGAUGAGAAUGGGUCUUAUGGAAAUUUUGGCACCUUGACGGAUGCUGGUUCUAAGGGUAUUAAUACCCUUGGUUCAGGUGUGGCUCAAGGUGCUGAGUCUGCUAAGAAGGUCACUAGUAGUGGGUUGGCGGGUAUUCAAGGUCUUGUGUCUGAUAAGCAGGAGGAAUAA